CCCAAAACCACAACACCGGCCUAACCCGACCUCAGGGAUGACAACACGUGCAGACCAGCGGUGCGUCCAACACCCAGUGUGGAGAACAUCACACGAGGAGUGUCAAACAUGCGGGCACACAGCGAUGGCGGCGACGACGAUGGUGGUGGCGGUGACGAUGCCGACGAACGAUUCGGGGAGGACGUGGAGGCAGGGAACGACGACGACGACAUUCCUAUUUGGCCUUUGGGGAAGACGGGUGGGAGGGGGAGAGGACGCAACAGGGGUGCUGUUCGUGGUCGAUCCGUUGGCCGUGGGGGCAGAGGUGGCAUCAGCGAUGACGGCGGGAAGUCUGCGACGUACUGGUCCCCGGAAGAGCAAAUGCAACUGGUGAGAUGCAAGCGCGAGCAAGAGAUGCACCUCGCCGGUUGGGCGACGGCAGCAGAAGGGGACUACGACGAUGAGUUCACGACAGAGGAGGAGCAGGUGGAGGUGACCACGUCUGAAGUGCGCGAGAGCAGUCGACACCGCUCUUCAGAUCACACCGCUUCGAAGAGGAUGCUCACCCCGCCACCCGAGGCGCAGCAGCUGCGUGGCCGCGAAACGCGGAUAGUGAAGGCUCCCGUCGUCGAUCUUGGCCGCGAUGAUGACGAGCCCUUGGAGAGACGUCGCAUUCGCAUUCGUACAAAAGCGACCCCACCGCCGGAGGUGGCCGUACGCGUUGCUGCAAACGAAAGGCCAGUCUCGGGUAGGCUGCCCGCCACGCCGUGUCAGCCACGUCAACGCAACGAGGGUGGUAAUGGAGGGUUCGUGCCACGCGGCGGCGGGGGGGAAGCCGUGGCGGACGCGCGCGCAGUGGGCGCCGAGGAGGGAGGUGCUGCGGGGGCGGGCGGUUCAAGCGCUGUGGCCGCCGUUGCGAUGGCAAGGGAGGAGGCAGCAGUUAGGGCGACGACGAGAGAGGAGGCGCGUGGCGAGAGGAAAGGCGAUCGUGAGGCUGGCGAGCCCGGUUCAAGCCGGGUACAUAGGAGUGUCAUGACAAAAGACCUCAUCGAUCGUGUCGUCCUUUGGGUUGAUGACAAAGCUUUCUGGACGACGGGGGAGGGGAUCGUCGACCAAUCACAGCUGCAGCAAGUGAUCUCCCGUGCGGCGCCAGUGGAGAACGUGGCGCUGCGCAUCUUGCACGGUUGGGUAUUCAAUUCCGGGAACCGCCUGAGGGGAUACCAUGUGGCUUUCCAGUACUCGCUGGAAUCCUUUGCGACGGACAUUGCACGUGCUAUGUGGUACGGCGAGGAGUGGUGCGACGUUGUGAGUCCGGUGGUUUGCGCUCACACGGUAGAUCUGUCCAUGGACCUGCCACUGUGGUUCGGCGACGCCAGCAUCGAGGACAGACCGGACGACGACGACAUGGCGGCGCACCAGGAGUCCACCGUCAUCUGCGUCGCAUAUGCAUUCCGCGCGGCGGUGCAAAUGGGGGCGCUCAUCGACGGCGACUUCAUCUCACACGAGCGUCUUUGCCGGGUGGCUGACUGCUUCAGGCUGUUGUUGGCGGCGUGCAUGUGGAUAAUGCGCAUGGCGGGAGACGAUCUGCGCAGCCACUACGAGGCUUACUACUUCGCGGACCUCGUGGCGAAGCCCACACUCGUCGCGGCCAUGCAUCGCUCCUUCGAUCAUCGACGAUCCGUCGUCCGCGCCGCGAAAGUCGUCACAGAGAGGCUCGGGAAGGCGAAAGCUACGUUCGGACAGCACCCCGACUACAUCCCUCAUUGGGCACCCUGCGACAUUGGUUUCAGGCACGACGCGAGCAUCACGGGGCCGGAGGAUGCGAAGAAGCUGGAUUGGUUGGGUUCGGGCCCCCCCGAUGAUGACAACAACAAUGACGGGAAAAAUGACGCGUAGGGGGGUAGGGGGGUGGGGUGGGGUGG